GAAAUUUUCAUGAUUACUUUCUGCAUUUGGAUGAUUGAUUUUGCUUUGGAAAAGUUACAAAACAAAAAUGGCAGUAGAACUUUGCUCAGACAACUCUGGUAUGAGUCCCAGGAUUUCAUUUUCUCUCGAUCUUUGUCAUUUCGAUGAAGUGCCUGUCGAUCAACGUCCCCUCAGAUCAUCAAAACCUUCGUCCUUGAAUUCAAGCAUCGAUUUCGAUUUCUGCGUCGGCGAAAGCCUCGGACAGCAACUACCGUCAUCAUCAGCCGAUGAACUUUUCUCCGGCGGCAAAAUCCUUCCUACAGACAUCAAGAAAAACAACAUUCCCUCCAAACAAACUGACCACCAGUCUCCGCUUCCUCCGUUUCCGCCGCCGCCUCACGAUGACGUUGACAUCACUUCCACGAAAGAGAGCCGAAAAGAAGAUUAUCAAAAGCAAAGCAGUUCAAAGUCGUCGUCGUUCUGGGGUUUCAAAAGGAGUAGAAGCUUCACUUGUGGAAGCGGUUAUGGCAGAAGCUUAUGUUCUUUACCACUUCUGUCAAGAAGCAAUUCAACAGGCUCGAAACCAAACCCUAAACACCCUUCCAAUAACCCUAAGCAGAUCAAUCCACAUAAAAGCACUUCAACAAACUAUCAAAAACCUCCAUUGAAGAAGACCAGUGGUGCUCAUAAGCCUUACGGUGUUCAUGUUAAUCCCGUGGUUCUCAAUGUUCCUUCUGCAAAUUUGUUUGGUUUGAGUUCAAUCUUCUUCAAUGGGAAAGCUAAGAAACACCAUUGCAAGAGGAAAUGAUUGAUAAUUAACCAUUUGAGAAUGGUGUUAAAUU